AUGGUACCAGAAACGGCAGAAUGUGAUCUUCCUGGUGCUAACGCGGGUAAGAGGAGUGAUGAAGACUCGUCGUCGACCACUUUGGUCACGACGCCGGAGUCUUUGAUCUCCUCGACGGAGACGGGAAGCGAGGCGGAGGGGGAGAAAACCCUCGCUCCGGAACGCAGUUCCUGCGCCUCGUCUGAGGAAGUGGGAGAGGGAAUGCUGAAGAAGGCGAAUCACCUGAGGGCACUCGAAAGAGGACAGUCCCCGAUGACAGGUGUCACCAAAGAAAGGGUUAAGGAGCAUUUACAGCUCCUCUGGGACGAAAAAUGGACAGCUGCCAAAUACCGCCUUGCGCGGGAGAGCUUUGAGAGAGAAGCAUGGUGUACCAGGGAGCUACUCUCGAAAGAAGUGGCGCUGGCAAAACAGCCAAUGGAGGUCCUGGUUUCGGCCAGUGGUACCCGGCUGACGACGGCGGGUGGGACGGCGGGUGGGACGGCGCGCGAGGCCAAGUGCUUCUUCAAAGCCCUCUAUGGAGGGGCCUUGGGCUGCGCUUCUCGCCCUGCAGUUCCCAGCCCUACUAUUCUAAGAGGAGCAGGGGUUACAGGUAGAAAUAUUCACUGGAAAAUAGCAGAAGUUAGAGACACUUUAACAUGGGCUGCUGAUAGGAAGAUAGGAGACGUGGCGCUUACUAUCGACCAAGAAAAAGCUUUCGACAAAAUUAGGCACGAUUUCUUAUUUGCCGAAUUGCAAAAGGUCGGUAUUGACGGUGCUUUAGUGAACGGCAUCAGAGCAUUAUAUAAGGCGCCAUGCAGUAGGGUGCUCAUCAACGGGGCAGUAAGUGAACCUUUUGAGGUUCAAACAGGAGUCAGACAGGGUUGCCCGCUGUCGCCUCUGGUGUAUGUCGUGCCCUUCAAUGCUGUCCUCAACAAAAGUGCAAAAGUCCGCCUAGUGCAGUCCCUGGAGGAUUGUAGUCUGCUCGUCGCCAACACAGGUGAGAUAACCUUUUACAGGCCACCAGUGUCCAGUGCUAUCGAUGUCACCCUGCACACCCCGGACGUUCCUGCACACUGGGAAGUCGGAAUGGACAGCUGGGGCAGCGACCACUUCCCGAUCGACGUGACCCUGGCCUACAAGCAUCAGGACCCGAAGCGCCGGACCACCAUCAUCGUGUGGGACUCCUUCCGAGCCUCCCUGGACGGAACCCGAGCCUCCCAGGACAUCUCGAAGUCAUCAGGACAGCCCUGA